AUGGAUAGGCUGGGCUCUUGUUCGACAUAUGAACAUCCUGGUGGGCUCGCCGGUCCGGCGCGUUUUACGCACAUCUAUUACUGGAUAUCCACCCAGUAUACGGAGGAUAAUUAUGAUUCCAAAGAGGAGGAGAAUCUCAAGUCCCUGGUGUCCCACCUCAAUCAGCUCCUGGACCUGCACAAGAAAUACAACUGCAGACUUUCAGUCUUUGAGAAGGGUGUGCGGAGUGUGGAGUUCUUCAUGCCGGACAAAGAGCCGGCUCCAGAGCUGAUUGCCGCCACAGUGGAGAGCAGUAUCCUGCCUCAUGACGAGCUUCUUCAGUAUAUCAAAGUAAAACAACACCACUGCUGGAACAUUAACCCUUGUGCCCUCUUCAAAUGUAUUUAUAUUUUUCUGCUGUGAAGUUAAACAACUUCCGACUUGCUCAAAACUACCAAACAUUAAAUAAUUUUCAGGAUUGUAACCCUUUAAAUGCUAGGUUAUUAGUUGAAUGGUGAUUAGAGUCUUGGAUAUGUGAAAGACUAGCAACAAAGUUGAUUUGAUUGCAUUAGUUUUUUUUAAGUACCCUCUGGACACCUUCAUGGCCAAAAUGUACACACUGCAAUAAAAUCAUCAAUAUU